AUGUCUUGCUACAAACAAAUACUAGUCACUUGUCUGCCGCGGAGUGUGACCAAGCAGUCAGCUUGGCCGAGAUGUGAUAUAUUUUGUAAGAAAAACCAACAAUUAUUACUGCGCACUGCCCUCGAAGUAAAACUUCCGUUCCAUAUUUGGAGACUAUGUAAAAUGAUUGUAAAAGAGUACUUAAUUUUAGCUUUAAACUUGAUGAUUAUUUUCGGAACGAUCUGUUUUUGGAACUCGGACACCGAUGUAUAUUUUUUCAUAUAG